CCACCGACUCUCUGCGCCCCGCUCGCCCCGUCUUCGCCCACGGCGGCGAUUGUGCAUCGAGUCGCUUGUGUUCCGUGUGACCCCGCGAAAUCAAUGCACAUCUGCCCCAAUUGUAUUCCAACAGCGGGGCGGCGAGUUCUUCGAAGCUCCUCAACGUCUCUGCAAAGCCUAUCGCGCUCGGGAUACCACGCUCACACUUCGCUCUGGUUCUCAUCGUACCUGUGCUGACACAUCACCUUCCAUCGGCUCCCCGGCGACGUCCUUACCACCGAUGACUCGGUCUUCGGCAUAUGCAGCGCGACGUGCGUAGUAAGUAUAUACACUGACGCCUCUACUGACGUGCUGCGAUGCUUAGCACAUACCAUAUGGAUCGUCCAAGCACAUUUCGGAAGAUUCGGACGGUCGCGAUGAAUGCUUGGUCACAGCGCUUCGUGUUAGGACCUCAAGAUCCAGACCUCUCAUGUCUAUGCCUUUUGGAGGUCUGCUGUGUUCGACGUACGAACGCCCCCGACAGGCUCCUCGCUUUGCCGCCGCUCAGACCGCUUCACCAACCAGGAAACCGACCAAUCCACCUUGCCCCUUGCUUUGGUUUCACCAUGAACGUCAUAGGUGUCACCGGUUCACCCCGCGCAUCCGACGCGACAUAGUUGCGAAGCUGCUCAGGAUCAUCGGUUGCUGGUGUUGGAUAGCUGAGAAGCGUCGUCCUAGUUAUUGAGUUAACAACAGACUUCGAUCGUUUUGGUGGGGGGGGGCGGCAAAGAUAGUCAUCAU